CACAAUGGUCUCGCAGUCCACUUUCAUGCGCACGCUAUGAUGUGUGGAUACCAUACAACAGAGCUUAUUGCAGCAGUUUUAUGCGGUUUAAUAUUUUUUUCCCUGUUCGGAUACUACUGACUGGGGCAUUGGAUAUGUGCACGCGGGAUGAUGAAAACCCCUUUCCUCCCCGCAGAAGUAAGAUAAAAUAGGGUUUCGAAUACAUUGGAUUUACUCCUCUCGUUCCAUAUGAAGAAGUCAAAAAUUUGGAUACGCAUCUGUGUCCAUUUAUUGGUGUGCACCACAUUUGGAGUUCACUCAAGUGAAUUUGGAGAUGCUGUAACAGAUGACAUCACAAGCAUUUCACUAUUGAAACAAAAUAUACCUAAAGAUUACAAGAUUCCUGUGACAUAUAUUCCAAAAGAAGUGGGUGGAAUGUGUUGGGUCACGCUAAAUGUUUUCCACUUGGAACUCAGUUUACGGGGAUUAGCAGACAAGUUUGGAAACAUUUCAUCCAACAAAUAUAAUAUCAGCAUAUUGAUCGAAAUGCUGAAAGAGACGCGAUAUCACAUGAAGAACUUGGAGGUGAUCACGUCUGAUUUUGAGUGCCACUAUAGAGACGAGAAAUGGCAGACAGGACACUAUUUUCAGUUUGUUGAAGAUUUUCUAAACACGGCCCGUUGGAAUAGAGAUUCGCCAGAAGAAUGCGAUCCACCUCCCUGUCCAACAACAACAAAGGCAUCAGCAACUACAAUAACAACACAAUACCCCACAUCAGGGAAAGAGCCUCUGAGAUUCCUGCCAGAAGUAGUGGAGAGAAGCCUCCUGUCACUACUUGUAAUUCCUAUUGCGGCCAUCGUAUUUCUGUUUGUGUGGAAGGUGAAAUCCAGGAGCAACCAACAUCAAUCAGAUGAACUGAAAUCAGUGGAAGGAGGCCUCUUCACAGGAACAGAAGAGAGUUUGGCACCUCCACUAGAUGACAUUUCUGAAAAGAACAGAUUGAACAUCAUCGAGGCAGUGUAAUUGUUCAAGCCUUGGAAAUUGGUGUACAGAGGAGUCAUCUAAGAAAGAACGAGCAAACAUAAAACUACAUUUCUUACGGUGAAAGACUUACUUCUUUCCUGUCCAGAAACUGACAGUCUUCUCAUACCAGAACCAGAUAAUGGCACACAAAAAUGUGCUGUCACUCCUGCAAUAAGCUGGGAGUUGUUAUUGCGAGAGUAUAUUAACCUGUCAUCUAUUAUCAAAUUUCAUCAAAUGAAGCUGAAAAGGAGAGUGUGAUUCUCAUGGAAACAUCUGGAGAUUCCAAUAACACAGUGAACUUCACGGGACAAUGUUGGUUUCACAAGCACUCCCCCGUUUGCACUUUUUGUAGGUUUGGCUGGAGCAUGGACACUGGUUCUACUCAAGAACGCAGCAUAGAACACACCUAUACAUGGCUUUCUUUCAUUAGGACUGAAGCAUAAAUGACUACCUCUAGUCGCCCUGCCCUCACUUUCCUCAACUUCUUCUCAGCAGCAUUCCACUCCACUUCCUUCUCCAUCUUGGUUUCCAUUGGACGUUCCCUGAGAAUCUAUUUUGAAAUGAGUUAUCUAGAAAUAUUCUCAGAUUUAACCAUCUGUUUUAUUUGAUGUUUUUUGCUAUGGACGUACGGAAGGGAUGAGGUUGUGUGAUGUAUUUAUUUAUUUGCUUACUCGGAAUGCUGACAGCAUAAUAUUGCUGCAGUUGGAGAAAGAAACUGUCAGUGAUUCAGCUCAUCUAUAGAAAUACUAAAUGAGCAGGAAAAGGUCUACGAGGGUGGUUUAUAAAGACAACAUAACUCAUUAUUCUGCAAUGCAUAAAGCCUCCUUAAACCGCACACUGGAAUCUAUAAACACAUGCGUUAUCUAUAUUAAGACAGCCAUAGAAUGAUGUAUGUAUGAUGGUGUUGUUAAUUGCUUAUGAAUGGAUUGUUUGAAAGGCUUUUGUUGGAGUUGUAAAUGUAACAAAAAAUGUGCUACUUUGACUAACUUUCAUUUAUCCCAUUAUAUACAGUAAAAAAAUGAUUGUCCCUAUAGCAAUCAAUGGUAGAUCAAGGGUAAAUCUUCCAUAUCCAUAUUGAUUUAGAUCAGACAUUGAGGAUCUGAUAACUGAUAAUAAGGUUUUUCUAUGCCCUCAACGCACAAGAAAGAGGUGGUCUAGCCUCAAGUAAACCAGUUUUGCAUCAGAUUCUGCAAUUACAUUAUAACUCCGCUCUGGUAUAUUGCAUCCUCACCACCCAUAAGGUAUAUUAUGUAUGUUGCAUGUACACAGCUGUACAGUUUAACAAUGUGUUAAAGUGGUUCAAAGAUAUGAAUUGAAAUUGAGCCAAGAAACAUUUUUACUUGAACAGUAUACUUGUCACUCCAGUAACCAAGUACCCUAAUGAAAUGUGUUGCAAAUAACCUUCAAUAACCUAUACCAGAAAGUGAGCUAAAAUGUUUAUUUCUGAGGUAACAAUAUUAGAAAAUCUUCUUAACACGCACGCCAAAAGCCAGAAUAUAUCAAAGUUUGUAGAGGACCAGACUCUAAAAUUCACCAUUAUUGAGAAAGGUGAUAUGAUCUGUGAGGACAGUGUCUUGCAGUUUAUCCACUGUCUAUCAAAAUGGUGUGGUACUCUUGUUGUACUCAGCAACUCAGGCUACGAUAUUGCAGCCUAAUUAUGAAGAUUAGUCUGAUAGAAGUCGGGUCCGCAGUCAUGGCCAUCAUUCUAUUAUACCCUAAAUGUUUUGUAUGACAUUUCACCAACUCACCAGGAGACUACUAAGAAUUGAGACAAACCGUUGAAAAAAAGAGCAACAUGGAAGAGAACCUGAGACCAAGAACCCGUCUCAUUGAUAGGUGUUGGUUGUCUCUGUGACCAUGAACCAAUGGUAUAGAAAGUGCUAGAAAGUGUUGUGGACUCUCUAGGUAUGAGAGUGUUGAAUCAUUGCCCAACUGGUUGUAAUGAUCUCACACCAAUGGAAACAACUUGGGUUGUCAUUGUGGCCCUUAUAUGUUAACCCAUUACCCUCAUUUCAAUACACUAUUUUGAUACUAUCCAAAGAAAUGGACCCUAAGCCUAAGUGUAAACCAUAUUAAAUAUCAGGACACAGUCAGAGCAAUAACCCUCCUUCAUUUGAACACUUAUACUCCACAACACCGGGCUCUUAUAACGCAAUUCUACACUAAAUAACAUGUGACAGAAAAAUGCAUUAAACUCCAGUUUAAUUUAGAAAAUCCUGCCUGCAUGUAAUGUUUUAGCUGUUGUACUCUUUUUAUAGGAAACGGUUCAAAUGGUAAAACCUGUUUAUUUCACCAAGUGUAUUUGGGACAUUUUCCUCUUGCACUUUUCUGUUAGUGUUUUUAUCAUGCAAAAUGGAGAGUAGGUAAAAAUCGAAUAAAAAACACAUUGGUGUUCAUAAAGUGACAGUUUCAGCAUGAGCAGCUGAAAAUGCUUGGUGUGAGUAAGUGUUGUUUUGUUAAAAUAUACAAGAGUAUUAUUUUUCAUAUCCCCCUUGAUACAAUAAAAAAACGUAAAAAAUUGCCACAACAAAACAUUCAUGUAAGCUUUUAAAGAGUUAUCUUCAGAAGGUUUACAGGUGUUUUACAUGUUGUAUGAAUAUUGCGAUGAGUUGAAACGUGGUUUAAGCUGUGAACAGAAAUGUGGUGGAAUCACCUAUGUUCUUGUCCGUCUUAGAGCCUAUGAACACAGAGCUAUAGGUCUGCGUCCCAAUUGGCACCCUAUUCCCUAUGUACAGUGCAUUCGGAAAGUAUUCAGACCCCUUGACUUUUCCACAUUUUGUUACAUUACAGCCUUAUUUUAAAAUUAAUUAAAUAGAUUUUUCCCCUUAUCAAUCGACACACAAUACCCCAUAAUGACAAAGCAAAAACAGAUUUUUAUACAAAAUGCAUACAAAAAACCAGACAUAACAUUUAUAUAAGUAUUGACCCUUUACUCAGUACUUUGUUGAAGCACCUUUGGCAGCGAUUACAGCCUUGAGUCUUCUUGGGUAUGACUCUUCAAGCUUGGCAUACCUGUAUUUUCGAGUUUCUCAUAUUCUUCUCUGCAGAUCCUAUCAAGCUCUGUCAGGUUGGAUUGGGAGCGUCGCUGCACAGCUUUUUUCAGGUCUCUCCAGAGAUGUUAGAUCGGGUUCAAGUCCGAGUUCCGGUAUGAAGUCCUGCGCAAUCUGGAGCAGGUUUUCAUCAAGGAUCUCUCUGUACUUUGCCUUUCCCUUGAUCCUGACUAGGCUCCCAGUCCCUGCCACUGAAAAACAUCGCCACAGCAUGCUGCUGCCACCACUAUGCCUUACUGUAGAGAUGGUACCAGGCUUCUUCCAGACGUGACCCUUGGCAUUCAGGCCAAAGAGUUCAAUCUUGCUUUCAUCAGACCAGAUAAUCUUGUUUCUCAUGGUCAGAGUCCUUUAGGUGCCUCUCAGCCAGCUCCAAGCGGCCUGUCGUGUGCCUUUUACUGAGAAGUGGCUUCCGUCUGGCCACUCGACCAUAAAGGCCUGAUUGGUGGAGUGCUGCAGAGAUGGUUGUCCUUCUGAAAGGUUCACCCAUCUACACAGAUGAACUCUGGAGCUCUGUCAGAGUGACCAUCGGGUUCUUGGUCACCUCCCUUACCAAAGCCCUUCUCCCCCGAUUGCUCAGUUUGACUCUAGGAAGAGUCUUGGUGGCUCCAAGCUUCUUCCAUUUAAGAAUGAUGGAGGCCACUGUGUUCUUGGGGACCUGCAAUGCUGCAGAAAUGUUUUGGUACCCUUCCCCAGAUCUGUGCCUCGACACAAUCCUAUCUCGGCGCUCUACGGACAAUUUCUUCGACCCGAUUGCUUUGUUCUUGCUCUGACAUGCACUGUCAACUGUGAGGCCUUUCUAAAUCAUGUCUAAUCAAUUGAAUUUAUCACAGGUGGACUCCAAUCAAGUUGUAGAAACGAUGGUCAAUGGAAGCAGGAUGCACCUGAGCUCAAUUUCAAGUUUCAUAGCAAAUAUUUAAAAAAUGUUUAUACAUUUGCUAACAUUUCUAAAAUGCUGUUUUCACUUUGUCAUUAUGGGGUAUUGUGUGUAGAUUGUUGGUGGGAGAAAAAAAAUCUGCCAAUUUAGAGUAACAAAAUGUCAAAGUCAAGGGGUCUGAAUACACUGUAGUUCACUAUAUAGGGAAUAGGGUGCUAUUUUGGAUGUCUUUCCACGGAGCCUCAACAGCCCUGCAGUCCAUAGUGAAGAGAGCAAGAGUGAGCAGCAUACCACCAUGCAUCCCACUGCUGGCUUGCCUGUUAAACUAAGCAGAGUUGGUCUUGGAUGUGAGACCAGAUGCUGCUGGAUGUGGUGGUGG